AUGACAGCAGACGAGUUGGUUUUCUUUGUGAAUGGCAAGAAGGUGGUGGAGAAAAAUGCAGACCCAGAAACCACACUUUUGGUAUACCUGAGAAGGAAGUUGGGGCUGAGUGGAACCAAGCUCGGCUGUGGAGAAGGGGGCUGCGGGGCCUGCACCGUCAUGCUUUCCAAGUAUGAUCGUCUCCAGAACAAGAUCGUACACUUUUCUGCCAAUGCCUGCCUGGCCCCCAUCUGCUCUUUGCAUCAUGUUGCUGUGACUACUGUGGAAGGAAUAGGAAGCACCAAGACAAGGCUGCAUCCUGUGCAGGAGAGAAUUGCCAAAAGCCAUGGUUCCCAGUGUGGAUUCUGCACCCCUGGCAUCGUUAUGAGCAUGUACACGCUACUCCGGAAUCAGCCAGAGCCUACCAUUGAGGAGAUUGAGGAUGCCUUCCAAGGAAAUUUGUGCCGCUGUACAGGCUACAGACCCAUCUUGCAGGGCUUCCGGACCUUUGCCAAGGAUGGUGGAUGCUGUGGUGGCAAAGGGAGCAAUCCAAACUGUUGCAUGAACCAGAAGAACCUUAGGGAUGUUACUCUCUCACCAUCUUUAUUCAACCCAGAGGAAUUCAUGCCCCUGGAUCCCACCCAGGAACCCAUCUUCCCUCCAGAGUUGCUGAGGCUGAAAGAUGCUCCUCAGAAGAAACUGUGUUUUGAAGGAGAACGUGUGACAUGGAUCCAGGCCUCAACCCUGAAGGAGCUGUUGGACCUCAAAGCUAAGCAACCUGAUGCCAAGCUGGUGGUAGGGAACACAGAGAUCGGUAUUGAGAUGAAGUUUAAGAAUAAGGUGUUUCCUAUGAUUGUCUGCCCAGCAUGGAUACCUGAGCUGAAUUCAGUGGAGCAUGGACCAGAGGGUAUCUCAUUUGGAGCCGCUUGCCCCCUGAGCUUUGUGGAAAAGACUCUGGUGGAUGCAGUUGCUGAGCUGCCUUCCCACAAGACAGAAGUGUUCAGAGGCUUCCUGGAGCAGCUCCGCUGGUUUGCAGGGAAGCAGGUCAAAUCUGUGGCGUCCAUCGGAGGAAACAUCAUCAAUGCCAGUCCCAUCUCUGAUCUGAACCCUGUGCUCAUGGCCAGUGGAGCCAAACUGACCCUUGUGUCCCAAGGUACCAAGAGAACUGUUCGGAUGGACCAUACAUUCUUUCCUGGCUACAGGAAAACCCUGCUAAGUCCAGAUGAGAUACUACUUUUCAUAGAGAUCCCGUUCAGCAGGGAGGGUGAGUUCUUCUGUGCAUUCAAGCAGGCCUCUCGGAGAGAAGAUGACAUAGCCAAGGUGACCAGCGGCAUGAGAGUCCUGUUUAAUCCAGGAACCUCAGAAGUAAAGGAAUUGGCCAUUUGCUAUGGUGGAAUGGCCGAUAGAACCAUCUCAGCCCUCAAGACCACUCAGAAGCAGGUGUCAAAGUUAUGGAAUGAGGAGCUGCUGCAGGAAGUAUGUGCAGGCCUGGCAGAGGAACUGCAUCUGCCACCAGAUGCCCCUGGAGGUAUGGUGGAGUUCCGGCGGACUCUCACCCUCAGCUUCUUCUUCAAGUUCUACCUGACAGUGCUUCAGAAGCUGGGCAAAGAGGACUCAGAUGAUAAAUGCCUCAAACUGGACCCCACCUUCGCCAGUGCCACUUUACUCUUUCAGAAAGAUCCCCCUGCCAACGUCCAACUCUUCCAAGAAGUGCCCAAGGGUCAGUCUUUGGAGGACAUGGUGGGCCGGCCCCUACCACACUUGGCUGCCUCCAUGCAGGCCUCUGGGGAGGCCGUGUACUGUGACGACAUUCCUCGCUAUGAAAAUGAGCUAUCACUCCGACUGGUCACCAGCACCCAGGCGCAUGCCAAGAUCAAGUCCAUAGAUACUUCAGAAGCUCAGAAGGUCCCUGGGUUUGUUUGCUUCCUCUCAGCUGGUGAUAUUCCUGGGAGUAAUGUAACUGGGAUUUGUAAUGAUGAAACAGUCUUUGCGAUGGAUAAGGUAACUUGUAUUGGACACAUCAUUGGUGCUGUGGUCGCCGAUACCCCAGAACAUGCACAAAGAGCAGCUCAAAGAGUGAAAAUCAUCUACGAAGAACUUCCAGCCAUUAUCACAAUUGAGGAUGCUAUAAAGAACAACUCCUUUUAUGAACCUGAACGGAAGAUUGAGAAAGGAGACCUCAAGAAAGGGUUUGCUGAAGCAGAUAACGUUGUUUCAGGUGAGUUGUACAUCGGUGGCCAAGAGCACUUCUACCUGGAGACUCACUGCACCAUUGCUGUCCCAAAAGGCGAGGAAGGGGCGAUGGAGCUCUUUGUGUCUACACAAAACACCAUGAAGACCCAGAGCUUUGUUGCCAAAAUGUUGGGGGUUCCAGAAAAUCGGAUUUUGGUCCGAGUGAAGAGAAUGGGAGGAGGCUUUGGUGGGAAGGAGACUCGGAGCACCAUUGUGUCCACGGCAGUGGCCUUGGCUGCACACAAGACUGGCCGCCCCGUACGCUGCAUGCUGGACCGUGAUGAGGACAUGCUGAUAACUGGAGGCAGACAUCCCUUCUUGGCUCGAUACAAGGUUGGCUUCAUGAAGACUGGGGAGAUUGUAGCUCUGGAGGUAGAUCACUACAGCAAUGCGGGGAACACUGUGGAUCUCUCUCUAAGUAUAAUGGAACGAGCGCUAUUCCACAUGGAUAACUGCUAUAAAAUCCCCAAUAUCCGGGGUACUGGGCGACUGUGCAAGACCAACCUGCCUUCCAACACAGCCUUCCGAGGCUUUGGGGGACCUCAGGGGAUGCUCAUUGCCGAGUACUGGAUGAGUGAAGUUGCAGUGACCUGUGGGCUACCUGCAGAAGAAGUACGGAGGAAGAACAUGUAUAAAGAAGGCGACUUGACACACUUCAACCAGAAGCUUGAGGGUUUCACCCUGCCCAGAUGCUGGGAUGAAUGCCUAGCAAGUUCUCAGUAUCAAGCUCGGAGGAAAGAGGUUGAGAAAUUCAACAAAGAGAAUUGUUGGAAAAAGAGAGGAUUGUGCAUAAUUCCUACCAAGUUUGGAAUAAGCUUCACAUUGUCUUUUCUGAACCAGGCAGGAGCUCUGUUGCAUGUGUAUACAGAUGGCUCUGUGCUGCUGACCCAUGGAGGCACUGAGAUGGGCCAAGGCCUCCACACCAAGAUGGUCCAGGUGGCCAGCAGAACUCUGAAAAUCCCCACCUCUAAGAUUUACAUCAGUGAGACGAGCACUAAUACCGUGCCCAACGCCUCUCCUACAGCUGCAUCCGUUAGCACUGAUAUCAAUGGACAGGCCGUCUAUGAGGCUUGUCAAACCAUUCUGAAAAGACUGGAGCCUUUCAAGAAACAGAAUCCCAAUGGCUCCUGGGAAGACUGGGUCACAGCUGCCUAUGAGGGUGCAGUGAGCUUGUCUGCUACUGGCUUUUAUAAAACACCCAACCUUGGCUAUAGCUUUGAGACAAACUCAGGGAACCCUUUCCACUACUUCUCCUAUGGGGUGGCUUGUUCGGAAGUGGAGAUUGAUUGCCUGACAGGGGAUCAUAAGAACCUCCACACAGACAUCGUCAUGGAUGUUGGCAACAGUCUGAACCCUGCCAUUGAUAUUGGGCAGGUGGAAGGGGGCUUUGUGCAGGGCCUUGGCCUCUUCACCCUGGAGGAGUUGCACUACUCCCCCGAGGGGAGCCUGCACACCCGAGGCCCAAGCACCUACAAGAUCCCUGCAUUUGGCAGCAUCCCCACUGAGUUUCGGGUGACCCUCCUCCGUGACUGUCCCAACAAGAAAGCCAUCUAUGCAUCCAAGGCUGUAGGGGAACCACCACUCUUCCUGGCUGCCUCCAUCUUCUUUGCUAUCAAAGAUGCCAUCCAUGCAGCUCGAGCUCAGCAUGCCGACAAUAAUACGAAGAAACUCUUCCAACUAGACAGCCCUGCCACUCCGGAGAAGAUUCGCAAUGCCUGUGUGGACAAGUUCACCACUCUGGUAUGGUAG